ACAAACGCAGACCAAGAGCUGGUCGAUUUUUCAGCCAUGCCACCCGAGCCUCCCAAGCUUCUUCCCCCGAACGAAGGGCCCCGUCUGAUUGUCUAUCACCAGACCAUUCAUGACCCCGCCGGCAACUAUCACUCGCUCCUCCCAUUGCUGACCAACAACACGGGCAUCACACACAUCAUCGUCGCGGCCAUUCACCUGAACGAUGGACCAGGUAACAUCACCUUGAACGACCAUCGACCGGACGACAAGAGGCAUGACCAGCUAUGGGGCGAGGUGAAAUGGGUCCAGGCAUGCGGCGUCAAAGUUUUGGGCAUGCUAGGUGGUGCUGCUCAAGGGAGCUUUGAGAAGUUGGGUGGAAGUGAUGAAGAUUUUGAGGCACAUUACCUCCCCCUCAAAACCCUCAUCACCACCACCUCCCUCAACGGUCUCGAUCUCGAUGUCGAAGAGGUCAUCCCAUUGCGGACUGCAACACGCCUUAUAUCACGGCUCCGCGCCGACUUCGGCCCUGAAUUUAUUAUUACAAUGGCUCCGGUUGCUACUGCUUUGAUCCCGGAUCCCAAAAUCCCGUCCCAUCUCCGCCCACCUCGACCAGUACUCUCUUCUACAGGGGCGACGCCAAACCCACUCCAUCCCACACUCCCACACCUCAGCGGCUUCAGUUACCCCGAGCUCGAAUGCAGCGUAUUUGGUAGAGAAAUCGCAUGGUACAACACGCAAUUCUACUGCGGAUGGGGCGACGCGGGAACAACGCAAUGGUACGACACCAUCAUUGCUGCAGGCUGGUCGCCAAACCGUGUCGUAAUGGGCGUCGUCACGAACCCUGGCAAUGGCGCAGGCCACGUUCCUAUCGAAAAGCUCCGCGAUAACUGCACAAGGCUACGCAGCAAGUACAGCAAUUUUGGCGGCGUCAUGGGGUGGGAGUACUUCAACGCAGGCGACCAUGAGGAGGACAUGGUCCAUGUCGCUUCGUUGGAGCUGAAUAACGAGACCGUUCAGGCUGGAUGGGUCGCGUCACUAGGGAGAAUACUCCGGGUCCAAAAUCCGCCAACACCUCAGCCGCUUUUAGGAGGUAUCACGGCCGAGCAAAUACGGCAGAUGAUGGCGAGGCAACAACCCAACCAGCAACAACAGCAACAGAGGCAGUCGUGGCCACAAGAUACAAUAAAUCAGCUCGUCACUCUUGGGUUUUCGCAAAACGAAGCAGUUGCUGCACUGGAUGCUACAGAGGGAAAUAUCGAGCUGGCCGCUGGCUUUUUGUUCGAGCACUAUCCUCAAUGA